AAUAGUGUGCCUUUUUGGACGAGCGUGGGUCUUUUUAACUCUCGCCAAAGUCCCUUCGAAUCCACACUUUUUGUAGAGUCUGUGGUCUCCUUCUGCAUCCGAUAAAGCAUAGAUUUCCUUCCUCAAUGGAUAAAGUAACGGUUAAGUGGCUGGAAGGAUGGGUAGAUUACGAGGAAGAGGUGUCAAGAACUCGCAUAAAGACACCCAACCCACUCAAGAUCGGCAUGGAGGUACAGGUUGUAUGCACGUUAAAGCAGCAGUACAAUAUUUAUUCUGCAAAGAUUCUCAAAAUCACUCGUCAUGGACGUAGUGAUAGUGAUGAUGAAAGUACUUCUCACUGCCUAACCACUGCUCAUUGCCCAACUAGAGGAGCCACUACUACUAAUACUUCGACUACUUUGAGGAACGGACACUUAAACAGUAUCCCAAACAAAAGAGUAUCAAUAAAACGUCGAAACAGCUUUGGUGAUGGAAGUCUUCCUGCACAUGGAGUUUCAUCCAAAAAAGUAAAACAUCAAAGUUCAUACAGUGACCAAGUCAAUGCUGUUCCAGACCAGGACCUUGUGAUUGACGAAGGAAUGCCUUCAUCUAGUGAAACCAGCCAGCUUCAUCCAAAACACCACAACAGUCCGAUGAACUCUAAUCAUUCAAAUCAACCAUCAAUGAUGACACAAAUGACAAAGAUCUUGACAGAGUUAAGACAGCUCUCCAAACAGGUUUCUGAUCUUCAGGCUACUGUGUCGGCGCAUUCAUGUUCGUGUUUGGGUCGACGUGACGUCCGUUCUACUAAACCUGAUCGAAUCCCAAAGUGUGUAACUAUGGGGGAUGGUCAAGUGCAGAUUGGUUCUAAAGAAACGGCUCUUCUCACACUAGAUGAAAAUGACUACUUCACUGUGUGGUAUCAAGUAAACAAUCCCAAAGAUUUCAUCGUGAAACUUUUACCAAAAGUAUUUAGCACCGAACAGCUCAAGAGAUCCAACUUUAAUGGUGGACAAGUUUAUAACGGAACGGAUCACAUCAUGAAAGACAAGCUGAAAGAUAAAGAGCCUUUCAUUGCUUUAAUGGCAGAAGCAGAGAAGGAGUUUCCAAAUAGUAUGACUUCACCAGACUUUGAAAGACAACUGAGAUACGCAGUCAAUAACAAGUGCCGAAGAUGAGGUUUAAACGCAGGCCUGGAAUUACGUACACGCAAGCCAUGGAGGCAGAGGCCUCUGCCCCCUGGUCUUGGCUUUUGUGCCCCUUCAAAAGUUUCCCAUUGACUUUCCAAUGUAAGCACCCUUUGCAUUGCAAAAUGAAACUGGCUAACCUGUGAAAUAUGCUUGCGCUUCUGCUUUAGUAAGCACGAAAAAAUAAAAUGUGCUUCCAGUUGACCAGCGCUCUGAAAUUGGCCCCUUGGUAUACUGGGAGUUCAAGAUGCAGUAAAACCCAAAAGAAAACAGGCGCAACAAAAUUGGUCCUUAAAAACCUGUGAAAUAUGCUUGCGCCGUUACGAGCAAACUUUUCUGCUAUAGUAAGCACGGAAAAUAAAAAGUGCUUCCAGUUGACAACUGCUAUGAAAUUGGCCCCUUGAUACACUGGGAGUUCAAGAUGCAGUAAAACCCAAAACGAAAGAAAACAGGCGCAACAAAAUUAGUCCUUGAAAACCUGUGACAUAAGAUAAUUUUUGAGAAGAGAUUUGAAUGUUGUGGUACAGAGCCAAGAUGAAUUGGAAGAGAGUUCCCGAUGCCUGGUGCAGCUGAAGAAAAUGACCUAAUUGUGUUUGUGUACACUUUGAUCGAGUGGUGAAGUUGUAGUGUGCGCAACAAGCUGAAGUGUGAGGAGUUUGAAUGGUGGUAAUAUUCUAUCAAUGGAAGGAUUAGUUUUGCUGAACAUUAUUGACAGAACAUUUUUGUUUACAUUGUUAUUAUUUACAAUAAUUUUAUACAAUCGCAGCAGCAACAUGUACAGUGGUCAAAACAGGUUCUUCUGGGUUUUGAAAUAGCAUACAGUACAUACAGUAAUGGUCAGACAAAUGAUAUUUUAUCUAUUUAUAACUUUAACAAACAAAAAUUGUCUUUGAACUGAGCUCUUCCAAACAUGUAGAUGAUUAAUUUGUAUUUAAAUAUUGAUAAAGUUUACAAGUUUACAUCUUUCAAUGUUGUUACUGUUUGGUUUAAAUUAUUGCAUGGUGUUUGUAGCAAUAACAUUUUGAGUAUGGUUUUGUUUUUCAGUUAAAAUUCGCAUUAACUGUUUAUAUCUUAUUUUUUCCCAAAGGGUAUUUUUGUUUAAAUAGGGUGCCACCUGGGGCCAAUUUCAUUGAGCUUAAAGGCAGUGGACACUAUU